AUGGCCGACCUCCCAUCUGACAGAAUAGCUGUGGAUGUUCCUCCCUUUACAAAUGUAGGAAUUGAUUACUUUGGCCCAAUAGAGGUAAAAAGAAAUCGGGCAAUAUGUGAAAGAGGUGCUUAUGCUGGUUCCUACUGUUCAGCCUGCUGUAUCACAAAUAAUCUUGUGGAAAGUCUUCUUGAAGAGGGGGUUGGAGGAAAAAACAUGGUUUUGAAUGUUCAAAAAGAUCGUGAGAGACCAAACGCUGUUCUGAAGCUGCUGCCUGGUGGACGAAUAUUCAGAGGAGAACAAGUCACUUUCACAUGUGAAAUACAAGACACAAGCAAGGACUGGAAGUACAACUGGUUUAUAAAUGGUCGCAAGCUUUUCUCUGCUGUUGAGAACAGAGAAUAUUCAUUUGUUGCUAGAGAGCAUGACAGUGGUAACUACAGCUGCAGUGGACAGAGAGAAAUUCACUCCCCGAACUCAGAGAUCAGUAAUACUGUUACACUGACUGUAUCAGCAAAACCCAAACCAACUGUGACUGGAGUUCCUCAGAGCUUCAUCUACACUGGAGAAGCUGUUACUCUGUACUGUGAGCUGCAGGAGCCGCAGUCUACUGAAUGGACAUUUAACUGGUACAAAAUAAUUCAGAACCAACUGACACCAGUAACUCCAAACACCAACCCACUCAGUGUAAAGACCACUAAUGCAGGAGAAACAGAGUACCAGUGUAUAGCACGCAGGAGAAACUACAACUCAGAGUUCAGUGAUAGAAUCACAAUUACAGUUAAAGAGAGACCAAAAGCUGUUCUGAACCUGCUGCCUGGUGAACAAAUAUUCAGUGGAGAACAAGUCAAACUCACAUGUGAAAUACAAGAAGACACAAACAAGGACUGGAAGUACAACUGGUUUAAAAAUGAUCAUGAACUUUCCUCUGCUGUUGAGAACAGAGAAUAUUCAUUCACUGCUACAGAGUGGUACAGUGGUAGCUACACCUGCAGUGGACAGAGUAAAAUUCACUCCCAGAACUCAGAGAUCAGUAAUACUGUUACACUGACUGUAUCAGUGAAGCCUAAACCUAAACUCACAUCCAACCUUAAUAGAGCAGCACUAACAGGAAACUCAGUGACUCUGUACUGUGAGCUGGAUCCACAGUCUGCUGGAUGGAAGUUUUACUGGUUUAAACACACACAGAACCAUCAGACUGAAACUACAACACACAGCUACACCAUCAGCUCAGUUAGUGUUUCUGAUGUGGGUCAGUACCAGUGCAGAGCUGGGCGAGGAAACCCAGUCUACUAUACACACUACAGUGAUGUACUCGGGGUAAAUGUUACUGAGAGUCCUAAAGCUGUGGUGACCAUAAAUCCUGAUAAUCAGGUGUUUAGUGGAGAAACUGUCACUUUCAGAUGUGACAUACAGAGAGGAGGAGAUGCUGAGUGGACAUACAGCUGGUAUAAAACUGGUGGAUUUAACCCAGUGAGAACAACACAGGAGUUCAGUGUCAGAUCUGUUAUUUACUCUGAUGGGGGUAAAUACACCUGCAGAGGUGAGAGGAAAAGUGACUCAGAGAACUCAGAGAUCAGUGAUACUGUUAUACUGACUGUAUCAGAGCGACAACAGCCGGUACUGAAUGUAUCUGUACAGAACUGGCUGACUGAAGGAGACUCAGUGACUCUAAGCUGUGAGGUUCGAGGUUCCACUACAGGCUGGAUAUUCAGCUGGUACAAAGUGAUUCAAUACAGAGGAGGCUUCAUUAGAAGAGAAGACUUAGUUCUCCUCUCAGACAGCAGCAGAGGAGCUGGAGGCUCGUACACUCUCAGUCCUGCUGUUCUCAAUCACACAGGGGUUUAUGUAUGUAGAGCAGAGAGAGGAGAACCAGCCUAUCACACACAGUACAGCCAACCACAACCACUGUGGAUCACUGGUGAAUCUGGUUCAGUGUCACUGAUCAUCAGUCCCAACAGAACUCAACAUUUCACUGCUGAAUCUCUCUCACUGAGCUGUAAAGGACAGAGAGACUCUACUGGAUGGAGAGUGAGACGAUACAGAGAGAGUAAAGAAGUGUCAGACUGUUUAUCAGGUGUGGGAUCAGCUCCUGGAUCUACAUGCAGCAUCAGCUUUCUCUAUAUGUCUAACACUGGAGUGUACUGGUGUCAGUCUGAAUCUGGAGGCAGCAGUAAUCCUGUCAACAUCACAGUGCACUAUGGUGAUGUGAUCCUGGACAGUCCUGUCCAUCCUGUGAUUGAGGGACAUUCUCUGACCUUACACUGUUUAUAUGGUGCAACAAGGCCUGUAAACCUCCAAGCUGAUUUCUAUAAAGAUGAUUUAGUCCUCAAGAACCAGACAGAAAAGAUGAUCAUCCACAGUGUAUCAAAGUCAGAUGAAGGUUUCUAUCACUGUAAACACCCAGAGGAAGGAGAGUCACCAAAAAGCUGGAUCUCAGUACGAGGCUCAGGUUCUGGAUCCAGUGGUUUAAUUAUAGGAAUUGCUGUGGGACUGAGUUUGUUCUUGUUGUUCAUCAUCUUAAUGAUUCUGCUGUUCUGCUACAAAACCAAGAAAGGAAAGCAGCAGAACACCAGUGAGAGAUCAGACCAAAACCAAAGCCAGUCCAGAGAUGAGGGCUCUCAGUCAGGAUACACACCACUUCAAGCUGGAACUGAACAUGUUUAUGACGAUGUGAAGCCAAAGCCUAACAGUGACACAGAUGCGGAUGCUGGACCCAGUGACCUGACUUACAUCGAGCUUGAUCUGAAACCAAAGAAAAAAGCAAAGAAAAAAGAAGUUUUCAAAGAUAAGGACAAUGAGGAUGAAACUGUGUACUCAAUGCUGAAGGCCAACUAAGAGCACUGGACAAGAGAAUCAAAUCUUGAUAGAAGACACAAGAAAGAUUUAUUGAUUUUUUCUCUUUUGUUUUUGUUUGUUGUUUUUCCUGCUAAAAGCUUAUUUUCUUCUUUAUUAUUUACUCUCAAAAAUAUUAAAAAUGUAACUGAUAUUUGUUCACCUUGAUACUGCUGUUAUAAUGUGGUAAUACUUUAUAAUGCUGUUAUUAUAGCUAAAAGCUGCUGUUAACUUGCAAUCAGACUACCAGGUCUCUCCUGUGUAGAUGUUUUUAUCAGUUUAAAACAUACUGUAUUAAAAACAGUUUUUAAUUACUUUUUCAUUACUUUUAUUUGUAUAUAAGGAGAUGUCUAAAUUAAGAGAUGAAUGUCAUAUUUUUCUACCAGUUAAAAGGCUCAGAACAGUGCUGCCCCCUUUUACCUAAUUAACCCUUUCUAACUAAUAACAUACAUAAACAUUACUCAAAAACCUUUCUAAAUGUUGUACAACAUUGUAUUUUAUCAUGAAUACUGUAUUUUAUGCUUCGUUGUUUGUUUUAUUAUCUCCUGAGAACAGUUUAACUAUUACAAUACAAUG